AUGUCGGCUUCAUUGCGCAAAAACGAGCAAAUUAUCCGGGCAUGCAUUCUGUACGAGGCUCUCGACAAGCUACCACUUCAGGAUGCCUAUGAGAACUUCUGCAAACACGUUGGAAAGGACGCUAUUCCACAAAAGGAGUUCGACUACUGGUAUUAUCGAUAAUGUGAUUAAUAAAAGACAAUGUGAUUAAUAAAAUCGUAGACAACCUGGAAUUCGUCGAAACAUUUGCUCUGGCAAAAGUCUCGAAAAAGUACCGCCAAGUCGUGAUGAGCCAAGAAGUUGAAAUCAACGAUCUCUCAAUCACACACAAUUAUUUGAAUGAUGCCGAUGAGGAUGAGAAUUGUGACAAUUACUCAACGAUCGAGUACGAUGGCUAUGUAAUCACAUACAAACCUGAAAAUGGAGGGUGCAUGGUCUCAUUUGCUGAAAGUGACGACACUGAACCGACGUGGGAGAAAUUCAUCGAAGGAGGCAAAUCUAUUCAGUUGUGCAACAAUGAUUUGAAGCUCGUUCUGGAAAAUCGAAGAGUGACACUGGGUUGUCACGGUAUCAGGUUAUAUAUUCCGGAGAAAGAGUUGCGCGACCAAUGCUUUACUGAAACCUCGAGCAUGCUCAACUCCACGAGAAGCAUUCGAACAAAUGCCUUUACUGCAAGCUAUCUCUCGUUACGCGAAUUUUCUUCACUGUUGGAAAUCUUCCCUGCUGGAGAAUUGAGAGCGCUUCAAUUUUAUUCGCACACUUUCGACCGCCAGGAACACAGAGGAAGCGAGUGGGAGCAUCUUGUGAACAUGGAUCAAUGGAGGAUGGCUAAGACGUUUGAUGGUGGAUUCCGUGUGAAAGUCGCACUUGAACACUUAUCACACUUUAGACGAAUUGAUGUCUUGCUAGUGAAGUUCACCGGAGCAGAUGCCGUCAAACUUCGUGAUAUGAUUGAAGGAUCGACCAAUUUCGAAUCUGCAGUACUCACUUGCGAAGGAAUGAAUAAACGUCGUGUCGCAAGAGCUUUCGGAAUUCGUGCUGAUUUUGAUGACGAUAAUGAACAAACGUUCGACAACGUCUCGCCAGACAAUGUGAAGUAA